AUGGGCGCUCAGCUGAGCGGCGGCGAGGGCGCCGCGGGGCCGGCGCAGCCCCAGCCCCAGCCCCAGCCCCAGCCCGCGGCGCCCGAGGGUCCGGAGCGGCCUGGGCCCGAGCCCAGCCCCUGGGGGCCCCUGGACGACGUGCGCUUCCUCAUCGCCUGCACCUCCUGGUACUGA